GCAGGGGAGGCGAGCGGCAAGAUGGCGGCGCCGGGAGAGGCAGCGGCCGUGGCGGCUCCCUCACAGCCCGAGAUGGCCGCGGGCUCGGCCGCCUCCGCCGUGGUGCUGCCGGAGCGGCUGCAGCGGCGGGAAGCGGAGCGGCAGCAGGGCGUGGAGCGGCAGCGGCAGAAGAAGGAGGCGCAGGUAGUGAAGGAGGAGCAGAGCGAGUUCUUCCUGGCCGCCUUCGCCCGGGAGCGGGAGGCUGUGGAGGCGCUGCUGGCGGCGGGGACGCUGGAGGAGGCGGCCGCCCGCCUGCAGGCGCUGCAGAAGCUGCUGACGGGCAGCGUGCGGUUCCUGGCGCCCUACGAGGUGCGGCAGGGGCAGGAGACCGUGGCGCGGCUGCAGGGGGACCUGGCGGCGCGGCGGCAGCAGCUGCAGCCCAAGAAGAAAUUCGCCUUCCGCGCCCUCAAGAAAGAAGCGGCCCCGGGCAGCGCCCCGCGCCCCGCCGAGCCCGCCCCGCCGGACCCCGCCGCGCCCGAGCCGGGCCCCGGCAUCGCCGAGGGCGAGUCGGGCGGGCCGCCGCUGUGCGGGUUCAGCGGCGCCCAGGACGCGGAGCUGGAGCUCGGCCCCGCGGAGCUGCUGCAGCGGGACGUGCUGCUGGCGGAGCUGCGCGGCUGCCGGGUGCGGCUCCGCGGCAACCCCAACACGCUGCGGGUGCGCGACUGCAGCGGCUGCACCGUGCUCUGCGGGCCCGUGUCCACCUCCGUGCUGGUGGACGGCUGCAGCGACUGCCUGCUGGCGCUGGCCUGCCAGCAGCUCCGCACCCAUCGCACCCGCGACUGCCGCGUCUACGUGCAGGUGACCAGCCGCGCCGUGAUCGAGGCCUGCUCCGAGGUCUCCUUCGCCCCCUACUCCUGGAGCUACCCCGGGAUCGAGCGAGAUUUCGAGUCGUCUGGGCUGGACAGAAACAGUAACAACUGGAACCUGGUGGAUGACUUUGACUGGCUGGCGACUGACAGGCCCUCGCCCAACUGGAGCGUGAUCCCCGAGCAGGAAAGAAUCACUAGCUGGGACUGACUGCGGAGGCAGCUCUGCCGUGCUAGAGAUCCUCGUGUAAACGCACUGAUCCACAAACUGUGGGACUUAAUCCCCGAUAUACCAUUAAAUUAUUCCAUUCUGUAUUCAAAUUUCGAAUUACAAUAUAUGGCUGGGUUUCUUAGUUGAAGCAUACCAGUCAAAUAGAGUUUACUGUUCUUGCACAAGUUGCUGCUGUAAUCUGUAUGUAUCACUGUGGGACUUGCCAAUUUCUGAAGUACCUCAUUGUGAGUUAAAACUUAUUAAGGUGGGACAAAGGCCACUGAUACACAAACCACAAUGAUCCUCUGUUAGAGCUGUUGUGCUGCUUUCAUUCACCUAGGCAGACUGAAAAAGCUGCAAGUAGUGCAAACUGUACUGGAAUGAAAAGAUCGAAUACCAAAUUUCCCAUGUUUGUGUGGCUCUCAUGUUCUGAUGGCAGCGCAGUGUCUCUUAGGGGGAGUGCAGGUCAGUACUGAUGUGAGGUAAUGGGGUGAAAAAAGGUUCAUUCAAAGGGAGAGUUUGUAAGUGCACAGUGCAGCAGACUGAGAGGCGUCCUAGGCUAUGGUACAACGAUGAGCCAGUUUCUGUGGAAUUGGUUUAAAUCUCUUAGUUGGCUUUAGGCUUUUCUUUCAAGUGAGAGAAAUCUAAAGGAAAAAGGUGUUCCAAUAAAUAUCUAAUGCUCUCCUAAUACACUGAUUACUCGAAAUUCAGAAACUUAUGGAGUCUGUAUAAAUACUAAAGGUUCACGAUCUGUAAAUGCCAUGUGAAAGGAUGCUGCUUCUGUAAGCAGCUGGAGGCAUCCAGCAAGUGCUGAUGAACAUCACAGAAGCUGGGUUAACUGUUCCUCUGCAAGCUGAAGCUUCAGGGCAGAGAUGUUCAGGGAUGUCCCAUUAAUUUUCCAGACGGCAGGCUUUGUGUUCUGUGAUCCUGAUUUGCAGCACUCUGCUGCUGCAUGUGUGCAGUGCUGGCAGAGAGAGUCAGUGAAACAGAAAGAAGAGGUGCUAUAUUCCAAUUCCAGAUUUGCAUGUUGCAUAAAGUGCAGAAUAAUUUAAGUCUCUUCACUCCUGCUAAAUAGUAAUAAAGUAGCAGCACUGGAAUGCAGUGUCUUAACAGUGCCCUGUUAGUGGUGCUGAAGUGACCACUGUCCAUAUAUAAAGUAUACAUAGCAGUUUAGGUUUCUAACACCCCUCCUUAACUUGUGACAUUUUUCAAUAAAUAAUUGUUUAUCUUGCCUUAGCAUAAAGCUUUAUUGUAAAACUUAAAAUUCUUUAUGCUGUGCAGCCAUCAUCUAUGUGCCUCUAACAGACACUAAAUCCUAGCUGAACUAUCAAGAACUGCAUCACUCACAGGAGAAGUACCUGAAACUUCACUUAGGUGCUUGUCUGGUCUUUAGCAGAAAAUGUUUUUCUAUAAGUUGUUUUCAUCAUAUUUAAUUUAAAGGGGGAGGGCAAAAGGGAUUUUUUUUAAUAUUCCUGACAAUUUUCAGUUUUGUUUACUUCUGUUAAUGUAUAUUUUUUGACUGAAUUGGAUUUUGCAUUUCAAAUAUACUUGUUUUGAAUUAUUUUA